AUGAGCGACAGCCCCGAUCUCCCAGAGAUCGAGGUCCACCCACCUCCAGCAGAGGCCGACCCGCCCCCAGACCCACAACCAGCCGACAUCCAACCAACCGGCUCCGACCAUUCCCAAGUCGAGGUCGUUGAAGAUGGUGGAGUUGAUGUCGACGUCCUUGCGGACGGUCUCGACCUCAACCUCGCCGCUGCGCUCAGCGCCAUUCCUCCAGAACACGAUGAGAUGGUGGUGGAACAUGAGCACGGGCACGGGCACGACGAUGAGAUGGUGGUGGAUCAUGAGCACGAACACAAUCAGCUCCAGGCACUCGACCCCGACACGCUUGCUGACCUCGCCGCGCUGAGUCGCAUGGAAGAUGAGGAAGCAGGCGCGGGCGAGCUCGUCGUGGAUGAAGGACAGGACUUUGCCGAGCUUAUCGGCCAGGCGAUCACGAACGAGCAGGUCCAGCAGUUUGUCGACACGUUCGGCGCGGUCCAUGAUGAGGAAGAGGGCGAGGUCGUGCCUCAUCCCCCAACACCAAUUCUCCAGGCUCCCUCGCCAACUCCGCCAACACGGCGUCGCCCCAUCCACGACUUCCGCACGGAGAGAGCUCGCUCCACGGAUGAGUCUGAUACUGAGCGCCGCGAUCCCGACAGCUUGUACUACUUUGAGGACGGCAAGACUAAGCGGCGGCGGAACCGGACCGUGUUGAGCUGUACAGAGUGCCAUCGUAGGAAACAACAUUGUGAUCGCAACAUCCCCUGCAGCAGGUGUAUCAAGCGCGGCGUCCCGAGCAUGUGCCAGAUGGAGGUGCCUCCCGGAAUGCAGCGCAAGCGCAAGCGGCCCAACCCGGACGUGCCGAUGAAUUAUGAGCUCAAUCUUAGGGUGCAGGCGCUCCAGUCACUCAUUCGCGCCGGGCGCGAACAGAUCGACCCAGAAACGUCGUCAUCGACCGCGAUGGAGACGGUCAUGCAGGCGACCCGUGCGGCGAAUAACGGGCAGCGGGAGGCGGAGCACGCGCUCGCGCAACUCUCCGACGUUGGCAACAACCUUGGCCAUCUGAACCUGGAGGCACAGAACUCACUGCUCAUGGACGUUAUUCAACACCUCUCUGCGGCGAGCAUGGGCCGUCCAGCGGAUGGGAGUCCCACCGAGAUGCGGGAUACGUGGUCUGCGAUCCCAGUAGCUCAGUCACAGAGCAUUGUGCAAAUUGAAGAGGCACAUGCGGCGGACGAGUCACCCAACAAGCUCAACGUCGCGGUCCACGGCUUCCGGGACGACAAGGGUAACAUCUACCGUCCACCAACAGUCAAGCACGCAGAGAAGGCUCUGCGUGAAGACCCGAACCUCUUCAACGAGACACUACCGAUCGAAGGGUAUACCCCGUUCCUUGACCUUGGCACGCGCUUCGGGUACGGAGAGGAUAGCGUUGCGUACAAGAACAAGCGCAUUGCCUCAAUCCAAGCGAUGAGCGUGACCGGUGGACUCAGAAUGGCAGCUAUCUUCCUUAGCCGCUUCCCCGCAACUGCAAGCAUGCGCUCCGUUCUUGUCCAGACUCCAGCAGCCGAGGAGGAUAUCGCGGCUCUGCGCGAUGGUGGACUCGACGUCAAGUUAAUCCGCUUCCUUGACCACAAGACAGGCCUGGUCGACUGGGACGGCUUCCGCGAGGACCUGCAAGCCGCACCUCCGCGCUCAGCCGUGCUCUUGCACGUGAGCGGCAGCAUACCGACAGGAGCGGACCUCACACCGCAGCAGUGGCGUCAACUGACCACACUGUUGCAGGAGAAGCACCUGAUCCCGCUCGCUAUUAUGGCGUACCAGGGUCUCUCGAGCGGUGACACCAACCGUGAUGCACAGCCACUGCGCUUUAUGGUGCACGAAGGUCUGCCGGUCGUGCUCGUGCAGGGCUUUGACUCGACCAUGGGGUUGUACGCUGAUUCGCCGGCCAUAGUGAGUGUGGCGACGAAAAACACGGACGACCGCGAUCGCGUCGACUCGCAGCUCCGUAACAUCGCGCGUGCGCUGUACUACCAUCCGCCCGCAUGGGGUGCGCGACUCGCUCACGCCGUGUUGUCCGACGCGCGGAUGUACAAGGUCUGGCUAUCGGAGAUUAAUGUCCUGGCCGGACGCCUCAGGAGCGUCCGUGACAAGCUGUAUGCGAUCCUCGCGAACAAGCUCAAGACUCCCGGCAACUGGGAGCACAUAAAGCGCGCUUCAGGCAUGUACAUUACACUUCUCCUCCCACAGACGCAGCUCGACGCCCUCACCACCAAGCGACACAUCCACUUGCUUCCCGAGUCGUGCGUCAAUCUCGGCUGCCUCAACGGGCCGAAGCUGGAGACGCUCGCACGCUCUGUCGACGCCGUGGUGCGCGACGCAGCCCGCGAAGCCGAGGAACAAGCGCAGGCGGCGCGACAGAUGGAACUGGUGCUCAAGGUCACGCGCGAGCGCGAAGCCGAGGCCGAAGCGGAGGCUGCCCUCGAGGCCGCUGCGGUGGCGGCUGCAGCCGAGGAGGCGCAGGAACGCCUGCUCAUGGAAGAGCACAUCCAGCGGGCUAUGGAGGCGCAAGCGCUGCAGACGGAGGAGGAGGCACAUACGGACGAACAGAGCCUCCUCGAGGAGGUGCAGAGGGCUGCGGAGAGGGAAGAGAUUCGACGGCAGGCGGAGAUGAUUGUGGGGCAGAUUGGGUUCUCGAGUGUAUAG